UCUUUUGCUUUAAAAUUCCCCUAAAAUUAUCUUUCUUGCUCUACAAAGUUAGCAAUGAUAAAUGAAAAUUGUGGCAAGUAAAUUUGUGAUUCUAGCUCUUAGAUCCUUGCUUAAAUAUUCAUCUUGUUGAUAGAAGACUGCUACAUCUAUGAUUUAUGUUUUAAAACAUUACCUAUAGACACAAAGUGAUGAACAAGUCCAAAUAUGAUAUUAAAAGCAAGUUCUCAUGGACAAGGAAAUUUAACUAUGGAGCGUGGACUACCUCUGAGCACGAACAAUUUCUCUCUUGUCUCAAGAUUCAUGGGCUGAACUGGUCAAUGCUCUGACAAAUGGUUCCUACAAGGAGUCGACAACAGAUUGAAACUCAUCUUAAGGGGUAUUUCAAGCAGAUCAAAAAGUAUCAUAAAGUAGAAGACCCUUUGGAGUAUGUCCAGAAGUUUGAAAACAUUAAGAGUCAGGAGUCACCGAUAAUCAACAGUGAAGUUUGAGCAGACAAACAGAAUAAGCCAACUUGUAGAGGAGAUGAAUUGAAGCAUAAAUGCUCAUUUGAGAAAAUAAGAAACAUCCCUUUAGAUACAGACCUAAGAGUAGAGGAGGAGAAACAUCCUAAAAAGCGUGACAAUAAAUUCUUACAUAAGUGCUUACAGAACCAAGAUUCUGAUAAAGAAAUGUCAGACGAAGAGCAUGUUUAUCAAAAAGUAUCCAUCGCCGAGACAACCAGACAGAAUAGAGUUCGUCCAGCUAGGAUCAGACAGAAUCCUCCAAAACUAGAGAGAGAAGAUGAGAAAUUUCGUUCUGAUUUAGCUAAAAGCCUUUCCUCAAGUAUGGAAUCAAAGGAGCAUUGUGAACCAAAAAGUUAUCUAGUGUUAGAUGAAGGAAGGAUCAUCAUCCCGUGAGUUAUGAUCCAAACCAAAGCGAUAUUGGAUUACACUAAGAUUGGUUCGAAAAUACUAUUGUGUACACCUAAAGGAAAUGUGGACAUCAAAAUGUUACCGAUUUCUUUAGAGAUUCCUCUUGGUUCUGACUUGAAUAAGGAUAGGACUAUCUUUCAGAGCGGUAAUUAUCAGGCAAGUUGCUCUAAGGCUCCGCAUCAGGCUUCUCAUCAGACUCUGAAGUCUGCUGGUCCUAGUUUACAAGCCUUUUCCAAUAAGACAGACACCCUUGUGGGUCAGACAGUGAAGUUCUUAUCUCAAUACUACUGAUUUGAUAUGUGAAAGCAUAAAUAA